AUGGCCUCUCAGCUCCUCCCCCUCGAGCUCAUUGAUAAGUGUGUCGGCUCCCGAAUUUGGGUGGUCAUGAAGGGUGACAAAGAAUUCUCCGGCACUUUGCUCGGUUUCGAUGACUACGUCAACAUGGUUUUGGAAGAUGUGACUGAAUUUGACUACAAUGGUUCCCAGAUCAAGCUCCCCAAGCUCCUGCUGAAUGGAAACAACGUCUGCAUGUUGAUCCCUGGCGGCGAAGGCCCCGGUACAAGCUCAUGA